AUGGAUUUGCCAAGAGGGACCCCGUUCGUCCCGCCUGGUCUGGAGAGGCCUGCUGGCUUCGACGUGUCAACAAGUGCGCAAGACAAGGGGAAAGGUCCAGAACGCGACGUUUCUUCGAGCGAUACAAACAGUCAGUUGUUCCUGGGCAGUGAGGGAAGUCCUGGCCCGGUGAUGUCCUACCGCGAGGCCAUCGAGGAUAUCGUCAAGCAGACGGGUCCUUUCCUUUGGAAGGUUGAGUCCUUGCGCCCACGUCCUGUCUCUAUUGUGCUCUAUGACCCGCAUGGCAACGCGCUUGGCGUUAGUGAGGGUGUGAGUGAGGGACUCUCGCUCAAUGCAAAUGUGUCGCUUUCCUAUCUCAUCACAUGGCUCCAGAUUUAUCUUGACAAGUUCAUGGCUAAGAUGCGCAAGGAGGAUGAGCUCAUCAUAAAGAGUGUCGGGAUUCGCUUUCGUGCUAAUAAGAUGGCCGAUAGCUAUCCAGGUCUUGAAGGAGUGGUUUCUUAUAGAGAUACGGGCGGGACCGUGUCAGUCUCAGUUGAAUGGCCUUGUCGCGACAGUGAGUUGGAGGUCUAUUGGGGGGCCUAUCGAGACAUGAUGCAGCUCGAUAUAGAGAACUGUGAUCAGAAGCCGGUCUUGAAGAUCAAGACUGUCAAGUUCUUCCCUGGAUUGGCUGACGAGAAGCCUUUUGCGAGAGCUCCAGGACAGGGCCAUGUGUUUGUUGUUGGUAACAAGAAGUUGGAUAUCAGCCAGGUUCUCUAUCAACACGAGACAGAAAUUUGCCAUUCCUUUGCGCAGUUAGGCCUGAUCUCAGCUGAGCAAAGACAUCAACGCUUAUCUCCUGGUGCCGCGGGGAUAGCUCAAUAUGGAGGAGGGCAUGGUUCUGGCCAGCAAGUUACAGGAGAAGUUGGAGAACGGGUCAGAGGAACAGGUCAAGGUCUUAUGAGCUUUGGAGGAUCAGGAGCCACCCAGGCAUACUCCGGAACAGAAAUAGACAGCAAGGACGCAAUUGCCAGUAACAAGAUGGAGAAUCGAGUCAAGGAAAAUUCCACGCUACAAACGCAGACCUCGAUUGAAUUGAGCGGCACUGGCCAAUUAGAUGGAUAUGAAAUGCUGCCAGUUGGAUCAUCGUCACUUGUUCCCUUCGCAGAUGACACUAUGCCGUCUCGACCACCCAUCUAUCUCGACCCCGAGAAGAACGGGUAUAGAUAUCAGCAUACAGGUGUCAACCCACAGAUGCACAAUGCCUUACCAGUCGAUCAUGACAUGAGUGGCAUGCUGCCAGGCACUCCUCUAUCAUUCAAUGUCAGCUCUAGCAAAGAAAGCGCCGGCCACAUAACUACUUUAUACAACUCACAAGCGUUGAAUAACUCGGGUAGAGGCGUCCUCGAUCGCCAAACCGAUGACCAUGAGUUGGCGAGAGGCUUCAGCUCUGAUGAUGACGAUGUUUUCUUUCCUGCUGGAUCUAAGUCAGCAGCUGCUAUAUCCCAGAAGACCAAUACUACCUCGAAUGGCACGCAGAGCCACUACCCUAAAUACAGCUUGAAAGCAUUCAAGGGCAAGAAUGCGGCGAACCCUGCAAACUUAUACAUGUCUAGCGCGUCAUCCAACACUGGUUAUCCACCUCCUAGCAGACACCCGGUGUCUAGCAAGACUGCAUCCACCAUGAAUGUAAAUGCUCCACCUUUCGUUAGCCCUACAAAGAGACACGUUCCGGUCCUGAUGAUGAACGCAAAUAUGCCUGGCUUUGCUGGCCCCGGUCUAAUUGCACCCCCUAGCUUCGGCUUUGGUCCUAUGGUAAACACUAAUCCAGCACACUUUCCAUUUCCUGAUCCUGCGAUCAGAAACAGUCCUUUUGGACCAUUCCCUGGGUACCAGCCAAUUCCACCCUUCGUGGCACUCCAGGGGAUGGGUUAUCAUGCUGGCUUUGGCUACAUGGGUCCUAAUGUCAACCCGGUCUAUAAUCCACUAAUGCACUCAAUGGGACCACCUAUCUCGCCAUCACCGUACGUUGGUAUACCAACUCAUGGUUCACCUACCCGCCGGGGGAACACUGUUCGGAAGCGAGCCACAGGGACUGCCAAUGUUCCGAACCACACUCGUUCCCGGUCAAGCCCAUGUGGAAGCACUCUAACAACUGCUGCAUCUACCCGUGAAGUAAUUCGUUUGAGCGCGAGGCCCGGUUUCCACAAGCAUAGGAAGAGCAAAGGUAGCAGAGGCAGCAAAAGCAGUAUCGGCAAUAAGUCUUUCACUUCGGCACCACUAUCAAAUGGAACAAAGCUGAAAGCUCCACAGACGGCGGAGGACGCACAGUUUUCAACUUCCUUCACAGGCUAG